AUCUAAUGAUGAUUUUUCGAUCUUUGUUUGGGGAAUUCUAGGUUUUCUUUUUGUUAUUUUAUUCUAUGUUUUUUCAUAUAUAGUAGGCUCUUGGUGUGAUAUCAAAGACAACAGAGGAUUGCUGAAAUGAUGAAGAAUCAACAGUCACAGUGGUGGUGGCUUGAGAGCCACAACCACACAAGACGAUCCCCAUGGCUUCAAUCCACUCUUACAGAGCUAAAUGAGAAGACCAAGGCAAUGUUAAAGCUAAUUGAAGAAGAUGCAGAUUCCUUUGCCCAACGUGCAGAGAUGUAUUACAAGAAGAGACCACAGCUUGUGAGCAUGGUUGAAGAUUUCUAUAGGACACACCGCUCAUUAGCCGAGCGGUAUGAUCAAGUCACUGGAAUUCGCCAGCAGAAGACAGGAUCACCUUUUUCUCCAAUCAAGAAUCAUCAAUCAGAGAAGUUGAUGAGUUUUACACAUGACAGUUAUGAUAGCUAUUCUGAGUGUUUUGAUGUAGAGGAGUCUGUGGAAUCUGAAGUUGAUGAUCCUGAGCAAGAAGAGGAAGAGGUUACCAAAUUUGAUAACUGUAUAGAAGAGGAGGAAGUUAAGAUUGUGGCUGCAAAUGAUGAAGUGAUGGGGCUGAGGAAAGAAAUCAACAGACUUGGUGAAGAGAACAAGGAUCAUAAAGAUCAAAUUAAGGAGAAAUAUAACGUUUAUGAUGAAGUUAUGGUGUUGAGGGAAGAAGUAGAAGGACUCAGAAAAGAGAAUAGAGUGCAGAAGGAUGAGCUCAACCAGAAAAGUAUCAUUUGUGGUGAAGUAAUGAUGUUGAGGGAAGAAAUAGAACGACUCAAUGAAGAGAAUAGAGAGCAGAAGGAUGAACUCAACCAGAAAGAUAUCAUUUGUGGUGAAGUAAUGAUGUUGAGGGAAGAAAUUGAAGGACUCAGAAAAGAGAAUAGAGAGCAGAAAGAUGAACUCAACCAGAAAAGUAUCAUUUGUAGUGAAGUAAUGAUGUUGAGGGAAGAAAUAGAACGACUCAGAAAAGAGAAUAGAGAGCAGAAGGAUGAACUCAACCAGAAAGAUAUCAUUUGUGGUGAAGUAAUGAUGUUGAGGGAAGAAAUUGGACUCAGAAAAGAGAAUAGAGUGCAGAAGGGUGAACUCCACCAGAAAGGUACCAUUUGUGGUGACGUAAUGAUGUUGAGAGAAGAAAUAGAACGACUCAGAAAAGAGAAUAGAGUGCAAAAUGAUGAACUCAAGCAGAAAGGUACCAUUUAUGGUGAAGUAAUGAUGUUAAGGAAGGAGAUAGAAAGAGUCAGCGAAGAGAAUAUGGUACAGAAGGACCAUCUCAUGCAAAAAGACCUAGAGAAAAUAGAGGUGAUUAGACACCUGAGUUUAGCUAUAGAUGUGCUGAAGCAGGAGAAUGUAAAGAUGAGAAGCUUCAUUGCUAAGGAAUUUACCAACAAAUGGAACAACCCAUUUGAGUUUAAAAAACUCAUGGGAUCAUUAUCGAUGAAGUUGUUUAAUGGAAGGAAUCAACCUAGUAUUGUAGCUCUAUAGAUAUGGUUCAGAAAGUAAAUAGCGUAGUUCUGUAGAGCAAUCUUAUAAAAAUGUCUACGUAGAUAUUUUGGGGACUUAUCAAGUAACCCACAAUUCUUGUAAACAGUACAUUCCUAAUCAGAGAAUCCUAGUAGACUUUCCUAUACAACUAAUUAAUAUUUUUAUACAUCCUUCGUUAGCGAGA